UGCUGAAUCUGUUUCUUGCGACAUCACUUCCUCUUUUCCCCUCCAGCCCCUGACCAGACAGGUCUCUUUCUCUCAUCUAAAAUAUCAGCUCUCUCUCUCUAUAAAAUAGGCAUGGCUGCUGUUUCUGUUCAUUUGUUGGCUCAGUGCAUCACUUGCCAUGCCUGGAGUCCCGAUCACACCAUGCUUGCAUUUUGCCCAAAUAGCAAUGAAGUUCAUAUCUAUAGAGUCUUGCCAGACAAGUGGGAAAGGGUACACGUUCUUCAAAAGCAUGAUCAGAUUGUCUCUGGAGUAGAUUGGGGCUCACGAUCUAAUAAGAUUGUAACAGUGUCACAUGAUCGGAAUUCAUAUGUUUGGAACCAAGAUGGCCCUGAGUGGGUGCCAACACUUGUCAUUCUUAGGCUGAAUCGUGCUGCUCUUUGUGUGCAGUGGAGUCCCAAAGAAAACAAGUUUGCGGUUGGAAGUGGAGCUAAAACUGUUUGUAUCUGCUACUACGAGCCAGAGAAUGACUGGUGGGUGAGUAAGCUCAUUCGGAAAAAGCAUAAUUCAUCAGUGACAAGUAUUGCAUGGCAUCCCAAUAAUGUUCUGCUCGCAACAGCAUCAACUGAUGGAAAAUGCCGGGUUUUUGCCACUUAUAUCAAGGGUGUUGAUUCAAGGGAUUCAGUGACAAGUCUUUCAACUGAUGCGAAGUUUGGGGAGCUGAUCUUGCAGUUAGAUCUCUCUUUUAGUUGGGCUUUUGGUGUGAAAUGGUCCCCAAGUGGCAAUACAUUAGCUUAUGUAGGACAUAAUUCUACAAUCUACUUUGUUGAUGAUGUUGGUUCGUCUGCCUCUGCUCAAACUGUAGCCUUCCGUGAUUUGCCUCUGCGUGAUGUCCUUUUUGUAUCAGAGAGGAUGGUUAUUGGUGUUGGAUUUGAUUGCAAUCCUAUGGUUUUCACAGCAGAUAAAAGAGGCAUAUGGAGUUUUGUUAAGUUUCUUGAUGAAAGGAAAUCAACCCCAUCAAGCUCGAAGUAUGGUUCGCAGUUCUCUGAAGCCUUUGGGAAACUCUAUGGCCAAACAAAACAAGUAACAAAUGUUGAUGCUGUCGAGCCUUCAAGAGUUCGAGGUGGUUCUCAUGAAAAUUAUAUAAACUGCAUUGUGCCACUAAGCAAAGACGGCGAAAGUAUGGUGAAACGCUUUAGCACUUCAGGUCUGGAUGGGAGAGUGGUGAUAUGGGAGCUGAACAAUCUGGAAAAUUACUUCUCAGAAAUGACUCUAUGAUUUGGGAGCUAGAUGUUUUCAUCACUUUUAUGUCCCGAGCAUGUACGCAUGCAUACCUUUGUGUGUGAGAGAGAGAGCAAGAUUUGUUGCUAAUAUCUUUCCUCUUGGCUUUUUAUUUUUAUUUUUGAGAGAGAGAGGUUUGUUUACUUUUGCUAAAUUUAUCUAUGCAAACUCUGUAUAGUGGUUAAUUUCAUACAUCACUUUCGAGUCAGGCCAAUUGUCACAUUUGAUUUAUUCUUAUUUUGUAUGCAAAUGGGAUCAGAAUCCUUCAUCUA